AUGGCUUCAACAGGAACUUAACCUGACAAAAACCCACUGCUGACUAACAGACUGCUCAUUUAAAAUGUCGUCGUGGUUGCAUCUGUGUACCGACGAUAACAAGGACAAUGACGAUUACCGUUGCUCUGCUAUCCGCACAGGCCGUCUGAUCGCAGCAUCUUUGUCCCUUGUGGGGUGUCUUCUAGCUCUCCUUGUUAUUAUUGUUUACAAAAAGUUCAGGUUCUUUACCCAGCGUCUCGUCAUGUACAUGCUUUGCUCUUGUAUGCUGAUUGCUUUGUUAAGUCUGCACAACCUUGCUGGUGACAGUCCUGGUUGCACAGCUAAAGGUUUCUUUCGGAACUUUGCGGGUGUUUCACAAAAUCUGUGGAUCAUCUGCAUUGACAUUCAUCUCCUUAUAGUCAUGUUGAAAAAUGGGCGGCAACAACACUUGGAGAAAAUCUACCACGGCGUUGUAUGGGGAGGAGCUUUAGUGCUGAGUAUAAUUCCUCUGAUUGGUAACCACUACGGGCACGCUGGACUCUGGUGCUGGAUAAAAGGAGGUAGUGACUACGAGAAUGUCCUGAGAGUUAUUUGUUACUACCUUUGGUUAAUGUUACUCGUGUUCGGUGGGGGAGUUAUCUACAUCUACAUCGUGUACAAGGUCAUGAAGAAGAUCAACUCAUACGACGGAACGUACAAUCCAGAAACGGAACGCAGCAAGGCACAGUACAAGAAGAGCAUCAGACCGCUGCUGCUCUACCCCAUAGUGGAUCUAGUGUUAGCGAGCAUAUCUACUGCUAACAGGAUCCAGAACUGGGCUAAUCCUGGGAACCCUGUUUUUGAGCUGGCACUUCUCCACUCCAUCGUGUCCCCGUUGUGGGGGUUUGUCAACGCGCUUGUCUUCCUUCUUAACAAGGAGACCCUGAAGCAACUCCAUCCUGUUACUUUCUGGCAGGAACUGCGACAGUGGACCAGGACAAACUUCACAUUCACAAAGUCGGUUGAUACUAGAGCUAAAAACCUGGAGUACACGGUGAAGGACGAGAAGCCACCUGUUACGAACGAUGCUGAACAGAGUUUCGGAGAGAUGGAAUAGCUGUAUUGGUAAAUUUGUGUUCAGAAAUCCCCCCGUUUUUAUAGAAGAGAAAGAUGUAAUAAUCAUUAAAGCAUUGCCGGGGACCAAAAUAAGAACUUGAAUAUAUUUCAAAUUUUGAAUUUGUAAUUAUUAUAUAUUUCACUCGAUAAAGGAACAAAAAGCUUCAAGAUAAUGCAUCGUUAUUAAUAUAUUUGAAAUCCCCAAUUUUACUACCUACUUAUUUGACUUAGCUUGUAAUGAGUGUAAGCCAUUAUUUCUGAAAUUUUGAAUUUGAUCACCUGUUUACAUUAUUUUACUGUUAGAUAACACUCUUAUACAAUAUACAUACAUACAAUAUUAUAAUAUAAUACAUAGUAUGUACCGAUUUAAGUUCGAGGCAACAUUUUAAACAUAAUUUCUUUAUAGUAAACUUUAGCAUAUUUUUACCAACCAUCUUCGUGGUUUUAUUCUAAUCCUGUCAAUAACGUUUUGUUUGGUUAUUCCAUGUUUGGUGAGCAACUAAAGCGAUCAGAAUAUAAUAGUUCAUAAUUGCAUAAAAUGUGGGUUUCGAUUAUUUCAUGUUUAAUAUCAUUAAUCAGAACAGACAUUUUGUACAUAAAAUUUGUAGAAAGUUAAAUUCUUUGCACUUGAUUGUUAAACACCGAACUCUGGACCAAAUUAGAACUAAGCUUGAUGUAGAACUUAUACUGCCGGUUACUGCCGGUAAAAAUUACAAUUUAUAUGAUUUAGUAAAACUUGGUGAAGUUCGGAGUUUGCCUGCUGUCACGUGCACACGAAAUGUAUUGUAUUUUAAUUUCUAUUGUCUUAUUUUACUUGUUUAUUUUGAUAGGUGCUGUGUAGUGUAUAAUGUUUUUAGUACAGUGUUAUCAAAUUUAAGGUACACUUUGUAUUUUUAAUCUAUUGUAUGAACUUAACUUUUAAAUCGAUCGUCAUCAUUGAUAUGGAAUGUUGUGUACGUGUUUUCUUACAAAAAGUAGAAACUUUUUACUCACUGCAUUAUCAUGCAUGUUCAAUCAUACAUAAUUGAUCUUAGACGUAUUAUAUUCUGUAAAACUUUAAUAUUGUGUAAUAUAAUUAGGUUUGAAUGUGAAUAGUGAUAUUAUAUAUUAUGAUGAUAAUGUUAAUGUGAUGAAAAUAUAAACUUUACCCGUAAAACUAAUAUAAUAAUCUUAUAAUGAAAUGAGACUAUUUGUUAAUGAAAAAGUAAUAUUUUAAC